CUCUUCUCCCCUCUCCUACGCCGCCUCCUGCCCCAGCCACCGGCGCCCACAGCCCCCGCCGGCAACCCCCUCUCCGCAACCCCCUCCAGCUGCAGCCCCCUGCCCGCUCCCGAUAGCAGAUCCACCUGCUCGCUCCCGUCUACUCCCCGGCCUUCACCAAGCGCGCGCCGCCGCUCCAUCAGCCUCCCCUACCGCUCCUACCCGCCGCCUGUGCACCUCCAGACCCGCACCGCCACCGCCCGCGCCUAGGCCCUCAACCCCACCGCCGCCUCGUCGGCCUCCUUCGGCCUCACUCACAUCGACGCCCUCCACACCGCGCUCCUCCUCCUCCUAGAGCCCCAGGCCGCGGUCCGCGCCGCCUCCUCCGACCGCCUCCUCAACGCCUUCCUCCUCCUUUGCGCGAGUCCAGGAAGAUGAGCCCGUGCGCGGCGACCUCAGCAACGGUGGGGAUGGACGCCUGCGCUGCGACGCGCACGCGGUCCAGGCCUGCGGAGGACAGGGAGGCGAGAGCGGCGUCGAGGGCCUGGACGUUGGUGAUGGACAGCCGCGGGGUGUGGUGCGAGCCGCCGCCGCCGGCACCAGCGCAGCCGUGCGUGUUGCCUCUCCGACCACGGUCCGCGCCCCUGGUAUGGAACUGAAAGAGAGGGAAAGGCCCCUGGUAUGGAACUAGAUGUCGCGCGUGUUGCUUAAUUUCAUUCCAUUUGUACACAUAGUUUUAUAUCUUUCUCCAGUUCUAGAUGCCUAGAUCGAGUCGGUCUUUGUUUGUGCUUGUCUACUUGCUCAAGAUAAAGUAUAUGUCCACUUAGCUAGUUUGGGAAUUUUCAAGUUUUGCAUUUCAUGAAUCUGUGCUAAUAAGCGUCACUCGUGCGUCUGCACACAUCUGGGCUUUAUCAUAUGGCAUAUUGUAUGCAUGAGACUGUCCAUUCAGGAACUGCAGAAUUGAGGUAGCUUGUAGCUACUUGCUUUGUGUAUUUCUGUAUGUUAUGCAAAUAAUUUUGCUUGACAAUUUUGUCAUCGGUUCUCCAUUUGCUCUUGCUCUGUGACGUGCGGACUACUACCUGAGUACCUGGUGUAAUGUUUGGGCUAGUUGUGAUUUGGAGUGUAGUACUUUAUAAGUAUAAUACUCCGUAUAGUUUUGUGCAUCUGCUGUCUGAGCUCUGUUCAUGAGUUGAGAGCUUAACUGCCAAGUUCAUUUGUCCAAAAGAACUGAUCAACUGAAUGUCCUUUAAAGUGAAGUUCAAGAGAAAUAUAUGUUCUACAAGUUCCUAGCAUGAAGACAGAUUUGGGUUAUUGGGUACAUAGUUAGAGUCGGCAUAGAUUUUUUCCUUUUUGGCCAUAUGAAUUUUCUAAAAUCAAUAAAAUAUUGCCAUCUUGUUGUACAUAGAAAAGGAUUUUACUUCCUGUAAUAUCUUGUUUUUUAUUUGAGUAGCUUGCACAAUGCUUAUGCCUGCUUAAAUGUAAGAUUAUGUAGAUGUUUGCCCACAUUUUGUUUCGUAAUUAGAUUCAGGACUUAUAUGCACACAUUCAGAACUUAUAUGCACACAUUAGUUCUGCAUGCUCUUGACUGAGGAAGACCUAAAGAAACCGCAACUUCCAUUUGUUGGGGAUUGUGAAGUGGGGGCAACAAGGAAAGCAUGCAAGAACUGUACUUGUGGCAGGGCUGAGGCUGAGGCAAAAGUAGAGAAGCUAGAGCUCACUGCCGAGCAGGUCAUCAAUCCUCAGUCAGCUUGUGGUAGUUGUGGGUUGGGUGAUGCCUUUCGAUGUGGUACCUGUCCGUACAGAGGUCUCCCACCAUUCAAGCCUGGCGAGAAGGUUUCCUUGUCUGGCAAUUUCCUUGCUGCAGACAUAUGAUGGCAUCAGUUACGGGUGAACAUCGGUAAUUGCAGGUUAUAGGAAUUACCUUGGUCAUUUUGUUCGUUCCAGUUCCUUUGGACGUUAAGUUGGUGGUUAAGUAGUGAUGCUUGCAGGAAGAACAGUCGAGUUCAAGUAGCCCUGUUAGCCUAUAUGCUAACUAUUUUUGAUUGAACCUGAACAUCAUAAUUGUUAUUUAUGGUUGAUGGGUUGAUAUAAUAUUAUUGUGAUAUAUGGGCUGGAA